ACAGCAUGGUAGAUGUCAAGGGGUGCCGAGUUGAGCCGAGUACGCAAUCCGCAUGCGCGCAGCCUCCGCCCGACCCUUUUGUUCCGUCUCCCUGUGCGAUACUCGGCUGACUAGUGCUAUCUUGCUUACAUGUUUCAUAAGUCCACCAUACAAACGAACUUCAUACUGAGUAAUUUUCAGUCGGUGUCGGUAUUGAAUCCGGACACAACAAGCGCCGGGACGCGUCACAGUCGCUUCCAAUACACGCGGCUGCUGCAUAUCUCAAUGACAUCAUAAUAAAACAUGUAUAUACAUACAAAGGCUCUGCUGCAACUUAAUGUCAAAACAUAUAUGAUUCAAUCAGUGCGCCACUAAAUAUUAUUAUUUUUAAUUGAAAAAAUGACGGAGAUCCAAGUGCACAUGUGUUAUUGUUACUUCAAUUGCUAUACUUUUUGUAAUACGUUUUUAUCCGAAGAUAGUUAACUUCUUGAAGCAUGGCUCAGCUGGCUAAGGGCGGCGCUAGGCUGCGGUCGGUCCCUAUGCGAUUCAGAUAUCUUUUUCUGCUCGCAAUCGUUUUUGGUAGCAGUUUCAUUAUCAUUUCUAUCACCAAUCGUACAGAAAUACUUCUCGUCAAUAAUGACCAACCCUUAUCGGUUUUGAAUUUAUAUGGUUAUGAAAUGGAACCUGAGACAAGUUACACAAUUAAAACAGAAGGUUGUACCAUACCCGGCUUGACAGCGUUGGAUGAAACUGUAAAACCGUUUAAUCAACCUCCAACAAAGUUAAAAAGUUGCCCUAGCGCUAACUUUUCUCUUAUACUACAUAACGAAACAUAUUUAUGGAUUAAUAAAGAACUUUUACAAUAUUAUGACGUACCUAAAGAAGGAAACGUCUCCUGUUGUUACAGAUCAUUUCACAGGCCAAAUGCGAUCGCUAAUGUUUUUUCAGAACAUGUCGAUGACAGAGUCCAAUACGAAGAUUGCAAGGAGUUUAUUAAUUAUAUAAAGGUGGAGCAUGAAUUUGUAAAAGUAUCUUGUGAAUAUAAUGAAAAACAGAUAUACCAACAGUACUUUCUAUUCGCUCGCAAAAAACUUAACAAAAAAAAUAAGUCCGACGUUCAUAAGAAUGAAACAGAUUAUUACAAUGUGAUUGUGAUGGGCAUUGACGCAAUUUCAAGACUAAACUUUUAUAGAACCAUGCCGAAAACUUUGGCUUACCUUCAAAACAGAGGUGCUAUAGAAUUACUAGGUUACAACAAAGUGGGUGACAAUACAUUUCCUAAUUUAACACCGAUGCUGCUAGGCAUCAAAGAUACUGAUUUGAAGAGAACUUGUUGGCCUGAUAAUAAUGCAAAUUUUGAUAACUGUCCAUUUAUAUGGCAGUGGUACAAAGAAGCCGGAUUUUAUACAGCCCUGGGAGAAGAUAGUGCAACAUUGGGUACAUUUAAUUUUGCAAAAUAUGGCUUCAUCAAAACACCAACCGAUUAUUACAUAAGAACUUUUAUUCAUGAAGCAGAAGUGAACGUGGGUAAUACUAAAGAUUUUAAUUCAUAUAUCUGUAUGGCAAACAAAUACUUUUAUAAAGUACUUUUGGAUUAUAUUCAGGAUUUGACUUCAACUUUGGCAGAGUCCAAGUUGUUUGGAUUUUUUUGGGAAGUGUCAAUGAGUCAUGAUUACUUGACGUAUCCGAUGGCAAUGGACGACAGUUACGAGAGAUUCCUGAAAAGACUUGAUAAUAAUAAAUAUUUAGAUAAAACUGUUCUCAUACUAUUAAGUGAUCAUGGAAUAAGAUGGGGUGCAAUAAGAUUAACUAAACAAGGACGCCUAGAAGAACGUUUACCUUUUGUUCAUAUAUUAUUACCGCCAUCGUUUCGAGAGAAUUAUAAAUCGGCUUACGAAAAUUUAAAAGCAAAUAGUAAACGUCUGACUACACCCUACGACAUAUAUGCAACUUUGUCAGAUUUAAUAAAAUUGGAGGAAAUAAAUGAUGUAAAUAUCAAACAACGAACGGAGACAUCGUACGCACAAAGUAGAAGUAUCAGUCUGUUUUUGCCUAUCCCCAGUAAUCGAACUUGCAAGCUGGCUGGUAUCGACGAUCACUGGUGUACUUGUCACAAAAGUAUAAAAAUGCCUACAAAGAGUUUUGACGCCCGAGACGCCGCCGAACAACUGGUAAAAUAUUUAAAUGAAUAUUUAGCGGAGCACCGACAAUGUGCACAGCUGAAGCUUGACGAGGUUUUGGAGGUAACAGAGAUGUUAGCUGGUAAGCCGAGGAAGAACGAAGUCGGGUGGCGCGAGUUCAUGGCGGUGGUGCGCACGACGCCGGGCGGCGGUGUGUUCGAGGGCACGCUGCGCAAGAGCAGCGACAAGUGGAGCCUCGCCGGCACCAUCAGCCGCCUCAACCUGUACGGCGACCAGAGCCACUGUGUGCACCACUACCAACUGAAACUCUAUUGCUACUGUGGAUAAGUAUCUUAUAAUAAUCCAAAUAAUAUUAAAAAGCUGUGAUAUUACCAAGUGUUGAUUCUACGAAAUGUUUAUAGACAAAAUAACGUAGCUAUAUGAGAACAAAAUAUUUUAGUUACAUGGAAGGAUAUUGAUUGAAAAUCCGGGCCUAAAAUAUGUAAUAAAUGUUGUUUGCCAGGAACGUGAUAUUUUUGUACAUAUUAGACGUUUGUAGUCAUUAGGAUAUACACGAAUUAGUAUCUAGUUAGCUAGUGACAUUAAUGUAUGUUGUAGUUUAAUGCUUUGCCUUCAAUAUCUUCAGCAUCUUAAAAUCUUACAUGUACAUAUCCUUAAACUAACCAUGACAUAUCUUUCGACGAUUUAUUAAAGUUAUCUUCAGAUUUUAUAAUGUGAUGGAAUUGUAGUUACAAAAACGUGUGUAGUUACGAAAAUAGAUAAUAAAUAAUAAUAUUUUUAUUAUGUGAUUAAUUAUGUGUGAUGUCUGCAUUAUCUAUUUCAUAUUUGUUAAGACCUAACUACUUAUUUUUGUGAUAUCUAUUACCUUCUCUCAAAUAAUAUUGUUUAAUGAUACCUUUCUACGCUAUGGAUAAACGCAUGAUACCUAAUUUUAUUGGUGUAUAAAAAACAUCAUAAUGCUAAUCUGUUUAAUAUUUUACUUCCCUACCUAUAUAAUUGUAAGUAUAUAUAUUUAUAUUUUCAUUUAAUUUAUUCUUUUAUGAGAGAAUGUAUUAUCAACACCGUUUUAAAAAAUUAAAGGUGCAAUGCAUAUGUUAUUUAUUCUGAACAAUAAAUCGAUGAUAGUAAAGUGCCAAAAGAACUUAAUUGUAGCCUACCUAUAACAUUAGAAAUAGAUACUUUAGUAGAUUUGUGAAUAACCACAUAUCACACAGAAAAUGUUUGAUUUGUAAUAAAACUGGAUCCUUAAAUAUUCAAUACAAAACAAUUUUAUUGAAUGACACUAUCCGUAAAAUAUUACAAUGUCUUACACACAUUAUUAUUGUCGUGUUCUAGAUAUAUUACGUAAUUAGUGUUGUUAACAACUUCUGUGAAUUGUUUUUUUAUGUUAGCCUAAGACAUUGACAUUAAAAAUUAUAAGAAAUGGCAGCU